UCUGCGAAACGGAGCGGCUCGGUUGCAAACAGCUGGAACUGCUGCCCCUCCCUUCCCUUUUCUCCUCUCCACGGGCCCGCGCGGCUCCUUCCCCUUUUGUUCCAGGCAAAAGGCUGGUUUAGCGUAGCUGUGGCAUUAAGCGCCGGGGAGGCCAAAAGCGUCGCUUGGGCUGCGAGGGGGCUCUUUGCAAGCAGCAGCAGGAGAAGCGGGACCCGCCAGUGCCGGCCGGAUCUCCCUUCUUUCCCCUGCUUGGAACCUCGUCGCCGAGCCGAGCCAAGCUGAGCUCACCCGGACGGACAAUAAGCAAGCCUGAGCAUCCUCGUUCCUGGCGGGCAUCCCUUUGCAUCUCGUCGCCCGCCGCUCCGGCUGCCUUUGGCGGAUGCCGCUCCUUUUGCAUCCGAAGGGAGUGGCAGGCGCCGGCGCGCCUUCCACGGAGCAACGCCGCCCCCGGCGUCCUUUCUGUUAAAAGAGAGAGCCGGGCGCGCUUCGGGGGCCAUGGCCUAAAUCAGGCCGGGGAAAAGGAGAAAAGCUCAGCUUUUUAUUUUUUUUUGGGGGGGGGGGGCGUUCUCCGUCCGGACUGUUGACCGGGUGGAAGGAAGGAAGGAAGGAAGGAAGGAAGGUCUCUAAAGGUAGAUGAAGGGGCGUACCACUUAGAUGCUUAAACCUGUGGCACUGGGCAACCAAUCACAGGACCAAAGGAUUCUUCUACCUUGAGGUGCAAACCUGGGCAAAGAUGUUGAAGCCAAGCGGACUUAAAAUUCCUGGGAGGACCGGGAAGCAUGCCAGUCCGGUGGGACGUCCUGGUGCAACAGCAGCAACUGCUUCCACAACCAGCAAUGCCACAAAAGAAGGUUCACCUCUCCACAAACAGAGUUCCACGUCUUCCACAGGUGCCUCCGAGAAGCUGCCAGGGUCAAAAAUUGCUGAGGUGGGCGAUGAUUUCCUGGGGGACUUCGUGAUGGGUGAACGUGUUUGGGUGAAUGGAGUGAAGCCAGGCAUAAUCCAGUAUUUGGGAGAGACCCAAUUUGCCCCUGGUCAGUGGGCAGGAGUUGUCCUAGAUGACCCGGUUGGGAAGAAUGAUGGUUCUGUAGGCGGAGUGCGUUAUUUUGAAUGCCAGCCACUCCAGGGGAUCUUCACGAGGCCCUCCAAGUUGACCCGCCAACCCACGACGGAGGGUUCAGGAAGCGAUGCUCAUUCUGUGGAGUCUCUGACAGCUCAGAACUUGUCCUUGCACUCCGGGACUUCCACCCCACCUCUUUCCACUCGCGUCAUUCCUCUGCGGGAGAGCGUUCUCAACAACACCAUGAAGACUGGAAAUGAAUCUGGUUCCAACCUCUCGGACAGCGGAUCGGUGAAAAAAGGGGAUAAAGACUUCAGACUUGGGGACCGUGUCCUUGUUGGUGGAACAAAAACUGGUGUGGUGCGCUAUGUAGGGGAGACGGACUUCGCCAAAGGGGAAUGGUGUGGUGUGGAGUUGGAUGAACCUCUGGGAAAGAACGAUGGAGCUGUUGCUGGAACAAGAUAUUUUCAGUGCCCACCAAAGUUUGGCCUCUUUGCUCCUAUCCAUAAGGUCAUCCGGAUUGGGUUCCCAUCCACCAGCCCAGCCAAAGCGAAGAAAAGUAAGAGGAUGGCCAUGGGUGUCUCAGCCUUGACCCACAGUCCCAGCAGUUCGUCUAUCAGCUCUGUCAGUUCCGUGGCCUCCUCCGUAGGGGGAAGGCCUAGCAGGAGUGGACUGCUGACCGAGACCUCUUCUCGUUAUGCCCGGAAGAUCUCUGGCACGACAGCCCUUCAGGAAGCAUUGAAGGAGAAGCAGCAGCACAUCGAACAGCUCCUGGCUGAGCGUGACCUGGAGCGUGCUGAAGUUGCUAAGGCAACUAGCCGCAUAUGUGAGGUAGAGAAGGAGAUUGCCAUCUUGAAAGCUCAGCAUGAGCAGUAUAUAACGGAAACCGAGGGAAAUUUGCAGAGAGCACGAGCCUUGCUGGAUGGAGCGCAGAAGGAGAAAAUAGAAUUGCUGAACCAGUUAGAAGAGGAGAAAAGGAAGGUAGAGGAUUUACAGUUCCGAGUUGAGGAAGAAUCCAUUACAAAGGGAGAUUUGGAGACUCAGACGCAGCUGGAGCAUGCUCGAAUACGGGAGCUCGAACAGAGCCUCCUGUUUGAGAAGACCCAGGCAGCAAAGCUUCUCAGAGAAUUGGAGGAGAGCAGGUUAACUACUGUGGCAGAGAAGUCAAGAAUCCUUCAGCUCGAGGAAGAGUUGACCUUAAGGCAAAGUGAGGUUGAAGAGUUGCGGCAAUGUUUAAAGAAUUCCCAUCAGCCAGAGUCUCCAGAUCACAGCCUGGGCCUGCAGACCGAAACUCUCCGCUUACGUGACCAGCUGUUUUCAGCCAACAAGGAGCACCAGAAAGAGAGUAUCCAACUGAAAGAGAAGUAUGAGAGGACUUUGAAGAAGCACCAGCAGGAGGUUGAAAAGUUGAAAGCUCUCAAUGAAAAGUACUCCCAAGAAAUUGUGGACCUCAAGCAAAAAGUUCAGCAGGCCACCAAUGAGAACAUGGGCUUAAUGGACAACUGGAAGUCAAAGCUGGAUACGUUAGCAUCAGACCAUCAGAAGUCAUUGGAGGACCUCAAGGCUACUUUGAACACAGGCCCUGACAGCCAGCAUAAGGAAAUAGUGGAGCUGAAAGCUGUAGUAGAAAGCAUCAAAUUGGAGCACCAGUUAGAGCUGGAGAACCUAAAAGCUAAGCAUGACAUUGAGAUGGCAGUUCAUAUUAAAGAGAAGGAAAGCCUUAAGAUGAAGGUACAAGAAGUCAAGGAGGAAAUGGAAGAAAGCGACAACAAUUGGAAGAGCCAGUUGGAAACCAAAACGAACCAGCAGCUUAUGGAACUUCAGGACUUGAAGGAUAAGUGUCGAGAUGCUGACCUCAGAGUUCAUGAGCUGGAGAAGCUACACAGUGAUUACAAAGACCAGGCACAAGCCAUAGCUUUCUUGAAAGAGCAGAUCUCCUUGGCUGAGAAAAAGAUGCUGGACUAUGAGACCCUGCAGAAAACUGAGGUUCAGAGUAAACAAGAGAUUCAGCGGUUACAGGAGAAAGUUCUUGUGUUAGAGAAUAAAUUGCACUCCACUGAGCCCCUCCACCCUUCCCAACCCACCAAUAUGAUUGAAACAAAUGACAUUUCAGAAGAAAAGAUCAAGAUGAAACAAGCAAUGGAAGAUCUCCAGGACAAAUUGAGUAAAAAGGACAAAGAGGUAUCAUCGUUUGUCUCCCAGACGGAUACUCUAAGGGCCCAAGUAAGUGCACUGGAAAAUAGAUGCAAGAGCUCUGACAAAAAGGCGGAUUCUUUGUUAAAAGAAAAGAAAAGGCUGGAAGCAGAUCUAGAAACGAUGUCAAGAAAAACCCACGAUGCUUCUGGUCAGCUGGUUCUGAUCAGCCAGGAGCUAUUAAAAAAAGAAAGAAGCUUGAACGAGCUGCGGGCGUUGCUAAUGGAAGCCAACCGGCACUCGCCAGGCCCUGAGCGAGACUUAAGCCGCGAGGUGCACAAAGCCGAGUGGAGGCUGAAGGAGCAGAAACUCAAAGAUGACAUCAAAGGACUGCGAGAAAAACUCAGCAUCCUGGACAAAGAAAAAGCCGUCGCGGAUCAGCGGCGGUAUUCCCUUAUUGAUCCUUCUUCAGAGACAGAGCUCCUCCGAUUGCAACACCGGCUGGUCAGCACCGAGGACGUCCUGAGGAACGCCUUGGAGCAGGGCCAGCAAAUGGAAAAACUGAUGGAAGCUAUGCGCAGCUGCUCUGAAAAAGCACAGACUAUUGGAAACUCUGGAUCUGCUAAUGGAGUCCAUCAGCAGGAAAAGUCUCACAAACAGGAGGAGAAACACUGAUGGAAAAGAAGAAAGGAAGAGAGGAAAGGAAUAUGGAAAUCAUUGGAUCUGUUGUUGAGAAGAGGAAAACUUGGAGACGCCUCCCCCAAGCACCACCAAAAGUAUUUCCACUCUAUGAACCAAGUGGAAGUCAAGAAGGAGGGUUCCUCCCCGGUGAUUUCUUUAGUUCUAUGGUUGGGUCCAGUUCCUCCAAAGAUGCGGUACAGCGGUUGUGCCUGUGGCUGAAUUUCUCCUUUGGCAUGACUGCAGCCUUUGGCAGUCAUUUUUAUUGGCGUGGUGUAUAUCAUGUCAGGUUUUUUGGGAGGUACUUCCUGCUGCGCCGGCGAGAUACCUCAUUUCAGUGGCUUUUGAAAGACAUUGGAGAUUUUUUCUAAGAGACGUUCCCCUUGAAUACUUGCUUAAGUAGCUAAUAAUUUGCACAUAGCAUUCAGAUUUCCCCUUCCAGAGCCGCCGGAUGGACCCAGGUUACAGGUCUGCAAAAGAGCUAAGAUCGAGCGCCACUGACCCUAGGGAACAACCCAAUAUCUGUUUGAAAAGAAUCUCUGCCCUCUACCUAAAAAAAAAAAAACCUGUUUUGAGGUGUCAGAAAUAUAGAGACUUUGCUUAAACCUAAUGAUAUAACAUGGGAUACGCCUUUUGGGGUGGACCUUCUCUAACUUAUUUUAACUUCAGUAAUUAUCAAGUCAUUGGUGAUUUUAGAGUUUUUGAGCCAAUGGUGGACUUCCAAGCUGGUGCCCAUAUAGUUACAUCUCUCAUCUGUUCAGAGAUACAUCUUCUUUAAGCCAAUGAUAAACCCUUGAAACUAAAGUUGUGAUUGACCUAGAGAUCUAAUCAGCAACUCUCUGGAAGGAGCUGAGAUGUCCUCGUUUUGAGGGUGGAGGGGUGUGGUGUUCUUUCUUUCUUUCUCUGACUUAUUACGUUUGAAAUUCUGAAAUGUUUUCCCGAUAUCCUAAGGGUUCUUUUCUUUUCUUUUUUAAACAACUUAGGCCCCGUUUAUACACGCAGUAGAAUUGCAAGAUUAAGCCCUUUUCACCCAAGUAAGAUGCCUUUCAAGUGUUUUGGAUUUCAGCUUCCAAUCAUUAAGACGGAACUGCAAAUAAUGGAUAAGGGGAAAUCCAAAAUAGAUGGAAUAUAGGUUGCCUGCCUCUGUGCUUCUGUUUUGCACAGAUUGGUCUGUUUGUGUGUUGUUCUACCACUGCAAAUAACAAGGAGAGUAGCUUGUUUGAGGUGGCAAAGAAAGAAAGUAGCUUGUUUGGGGUGAAAGCCAGAAGAAUUCAAACCUAACCUUUGGAGCACAAAUGCUUUGCAGCCUGUGGCAGUAAUCUUCAGAUAGUAUUCUUCUCCCUUGGUUUUCUUGCAUGUAUAAAUUUGAGACCCAGAUGAAUUUCCAGAUGAGAAGAUGUCUUAAGUGUUUAAAUAUGAAUGAUUGGAGCAAGAAUGUCCACUUGUGUGUUUGUAUGGUUUUUCUCUUUUUUUUUUCCUGCUAGUGGUAAGCAGAUUUGAGAGAGAAUGAGUGUAUGUGAGUGUUGUCUUACAAAAUGCCUUCUUUUGUAAACAUCCUUUGUUAAAAGAAGCUGUCUAGAAAUUGGUGCUAAGUAGAGAGAACCUAAGAAGUGGUCCAGAGGAAGAGGCCUCCAAAAAAAAGUCUACUUUUCCAAAACCCCCCCCACCCCCCCAGGGUGAGCAUUCUUUCUGUUCAUUCUCCCAAUAUUACAUUGUGGUUUUCUCCAUCCCACCACCACUAUGGGAUUUGAGGAUUCCAGAGGAAUAAAAGUCCCCAUUGUUGUCAGUUCUAGUAACCAUCCGAAGCAAGAUCACAUUACUGCUAUUCUCAUCCAACUCGGAGAUGCCAGUUGAAAAGAGCAAAGUAAAUAAUAGUCCGGACGGCUGUCUGGCAUUCAGAAAGUAUCCUACAGGUUGAAUUGAUGCUAGUCCACUGGCAUAGUUUCAAAUAGUGUUACGGAAACAGAAAUCCUUUGAAUGAGGGUGCUGGAAUUUGGAAACAAAGAGCUUAUAAUGCUAAACCUACAUGUUCGUUCUUUCUGUAAUCCUAACCAUGUAACCCCAGUUCUGUGCUCUCAAGGAUAAAAUCCCAGGGCACCAAAGAGCCAAACAGCUGAACCUUGGAACAACUGAGCUGCCUGCUCCAAUGAGAUACAGAAUCCAGUUGGACCCUUUCUUUGGUACUUAGACCAGAUUACCCCACUACUUCUUUAUGCCUCUUAGACUCUGCUUCUUUCCUUGAGAGGGUUGAAUUAAGAACCAGGAUCCUAUCUUGGAGCUUCACAUUUGGUGUCUUCUCCAUGAAGUUAUCUGUUGAAGAGAACUGGUGAUGGAAAAUGUAGGGUUCCGAUUGAAAAAUUAUCUCUAUGGGCUCUGAUCAGGCAUGUUAAGGUUGCGAAUGUGGUUUUUGCUGCUUUUUCUUUUAAGGCAGCCAACUAAUUCUCAUUGAAAACUGCUACCUAGGAGGAAGUGCCAUGUCAGCUUCAUGUAUUUUAUGAUCCUUCAAAAGGCCUUGGAUUCUACUUUCAUAGUGACGGAUUUGCCAGUAUGUACAGUAAACUUUCACACACUGACGUCCUCUGGUUUUAUUGGGAUCUCCAAGCCCACAUAAAGAUGUCUAGCUUUUGACUAUGCUAGCUUACUCUGGAAAUUGGAGUCCCAAGACGUAUGGAAGUCAUCAGGAUGAGGAAAGUUGAUUUACAGUAUUAAGGAUAAUAAGUUACCCAUUUGUCUUCAUAUACCUCUAUUUUUCUUCAACUCUUUGCCAUUUUUCUAUAUUCCUUUAUUGAUUUUUAUCACCUGAAAUGUUGCUGCUUAAUCUUUUUUUUUUCCCUGCAAAAAAUGGGCAGUGCAAAUAAUGAUGGUGGCAUUUUCUAAUCAAGUUGUUUCUCUUCUGUGUUCUGUUUUGAUGGACAGGAAUUGGAGCAAGCCGACAAGAAAAAUAAUAUUUUGGAGGAAUUCUAAUGAGAUGCUUUUAGUGUGAUAAUUCUCAACACAGGUUGUUGUUUUUUUUGCUUUGAUAAAUUAUGUCUAUUUGUGGAUGAACCAAAAAAUCAACACUUCUACAAAUCUUUACCAUCUCUUUCUUUUCCUGAUACUGUUUUAUCAUGCCAUUAAUUAAAGUUACUUUUUGGGAACUGAAUUGCAGAGAUGGCCAGUAAGAAGCCAGGAUCUUGGAAAUAUAAAUGAAUUGUCUGUUAAUGCAAAGUUUUGCUCCUGCUUGGCUAAUUCUAUACUUGUGAACAGCUUAACUAACCAGAAAUAGAAAACAUACCUUGAUGUCUGAGUAUGGAAUCCUGGUUUAUUCUACAGCUAAACAAGGGAUUGGUUUUGGUUUAUGAACACUGACUGUAUGAGAGGCAGUUAACAAAGAAUCCAGGUUCCAAUGACAAAUGUGUUUUCAUGGGCCAACAGGCAACAAAAAAUGGGAAUUUGUACUUGGCAUACUAUUCAUUUGCUAUUAGCCAGGAUUCAUCAGAAUUCCAGUUUACUUUUGUAUGCAAACACUGUCUUUGAAAGAAGAGUGUCAAUUAACUUCUUCAUUUUCCACCUUCUGAUAGAGAGCUGGGAUUAUUCGAGUCCUUUCCAGACGCUUGUUUGUUUUAUUUAUUCACCUAAUGGCAAAAUUUGUCCAUUAUGACCCUUAAAAAACGUACUAGUAGUUUAUCUGCACAGGAUUGCAAGCCAAAGUAAUUGUGCUAUAUUACAAGCAAGAGGCCAGUCCAUCCUACCAUUUUCAUCAGGAGGAAAAAGAGAGAUGGAAAGCAAAAUUCAACAACAACAAAAAUGUUAUAAAAGCGCUAACAUUCCUGGUUUAUUUUCCAGCUCUUCUGACUUUAAGCAACAGAAGGGUUAGUGGGACAUUUAAUGAAAAUCUGAACUUGUAGCAUUGCUGUGUGGUAGAUGAGUGGGACAGGACUAUGACAGUUUGCCACAGCCAAAUCGUUGCAGCCAAAUUGUUGCAGCCAACUCGCCGCGGGACAAGAGUUACACUAUUAUAAAUGGUGAAAUUGAAUCAUUAAAGAAAGGAUGCAGAAGGAGGGACAGAAUGAAAUGUGAAUGACAAAAAAUAAAAUAUUUUUAAAUUUAUUUUCAGUCAUUAAAUUGAAUUGCUAAAUUGUCCCGUGGCGAGUUGGCAGCAGCGAGUUGUCCCAUUCCGGAGUGGGACUGCCAAAAAUGCAGAAGGUUGAUUUUUUUUUCCCCCUGUAGGAAACAGCAACUUUGUAAAAUUUUGGCAGCAUGGUUGAGAAUCUUGUGCCUCCUUUUGAAACAGAAGUGCAGAUGUAUUCUUCUAUAUCCUGUGCAACAGGGGUGGUAUUCACUUACCUUUGCUACCGGUUGACAAAUGUGAGCGCACGCACCACCUCCACCCAUGUGCAGAGCCUUUUGCACAUGUGCAAAGCAUAAAAAAUGGGACGUGAUGAUGUCCAGGCGGGUGGGCGGAGCCUUCCACAGCAGCUGCUACUGGUUCACCCGAACCAGAUAGAACUAGCUGAAUACCAACCACCACUGCUGUGCACAUUAGAUUCUCAAACUUGAUGCUUUCCAGACUUACCAGUCUCUAAUUCUCAAUAUAACAUGCUGAGAAUUUUGUUAUAGUCCAAUACAUCUAGAGCCGUGAUGGCGAACCUAUGGCAUACGUGCCACAGGUGGCACGCGGAGCCAUAUUGGUGGGCACAUGAGCUCAGCUCCGGCGCGCAUGCAUGCGCCAGGCAGCUGAUUUUGGGGCCUUCUGGGUCCACCGGAAAUCAGCGAAUUCCGGCCUCCGGAGGGCCUCUGAGGAGGGUGGGAAAGGCCGUUUUCGCCCUCCCCAGACUCCUAGAAAGGCUCUGGAGCCUGGGGAGAGCAAAAAACAGGCCUACCAGGCCCACCAUGCCACGAUGUGCCAAAAGCGGGUGGAGCGUGGGGGGGUUAUACGCGCAUGCGCGAGGGAGCAGGGCACAUAGAAUUAUGGGUGGGCACAUACACGCCCAACCUCCCCUCGCGCUCCACCCGCUUUUGGCAUGCAAUGGCAAAAAGGUUAGCCAUCACUGAUCUAGAGGGUAGCAAAUUUGGGGAUACUGCAUUUUGCUAUGGUUGACAAUUCUAUGGGCAAUACUGUGGUGCUGCCUGACUCCCAAUCAAGCUAUUCUCCAAAGCACCUGAAAGCAGAAGAAGCAUUGGAGGGAAACUAAUCAAGGAGAGAAGCAACCUAGAACUAAGGAGAAAUUUCUUGGCAAUUAAAACAAUUAAUCAGUGGAACCACUUGGCUCCAGAAGUUGAGUGCUCCAACACUGGAGGUUUUUAAGAAGAGAUUGGAGAACCAUUUGUCUGAAAUAGUAUAGGCCAGGGUUUCCUGCCUGAGCAGGGGAUUGGACUAGAAGACCUCCAAGGUCCCUUCCAACUCUGUUAUUCCUCUUUGUGUUUCAAAAAAAUAUACACAUAGCCAUUUCACGGGAAGUCAAAAUCCAACUCCAGUGCAGCUAUCAAUGGAGAGCAUUCAGCAUUUAUUCUUUGAAGAGAUAUAUUAAUCCACUAAUCCUGCCAGUCCAGUUUAUCAGGUUCCUGAACAAGAAGAGAAUCCAGUCAAAACUAAGUAUAAUAAUAAUAAUAAUAAAAAUGGAUAACUUUUUACCCAUGUGGUACGUAUCCUAAUUUUGUAGUUUUAGACACUUUUUUGGCUAUCAAAUUUUGUUAGACGAAGAAAAUUGAUUUGACAGCGAAUGUCUAUUUUAUUAUCGCCUUUUUUCUGUUCGUUUCCUCUGUACAAAAAAGCUUAAGCAGAUGGGAGUCAAAGUGUAACUACUUCUACAGAUUAUGUAUUCGUGUAUUACAGGCCCCGAGACUGGCUUUCUAUAGUGUGAUGAACUCAUACUAAACCAAUAAAAAUUGUGGCAGAAGAGAA